GAAGUGGAUAUAUUUACUUUAAUUCAUUGUUAUUUAGCAAAUACCUGAAAAGUGUGAAACAUGAAGUGAUCAAUCUAAGAUAAAUUCAUAAAGUAAUAUUGGAUUUUCAAAGGAUAUUUUCUGAAAGCGGUACAGCAGUCAAGGCCGCGAGUGGUAUCUUAAGUUUUGAAACGGAAAUUUUAUGCACCACCACUAUCAUCAUCGCAAACAUAUAAACAUGUAUGAUAUUCCAUUGGGAGUCUGGGCUGCACAGAAGCUAAGCUUAGUUUGUUGUCCACGAUUACAAGUGCGGAAGGACAUUAUUUUUAAGGCAUCGACCAUAAUACUUACUUAUUUAGCAUAUGCUGCAUAUCAUAUGUCCAGAAAACCAAUAUCAGUAGUAAAAUCAGUAUUACAUGAGAACUGCACAAAUCCAAAGAACACCACCGAUAAUGACUGUGGCUACCCACCUUUUGAUGUACCCGAUGCAUCCACAUUGUUUGGCACACUGGACUCGGCGUUUCUUGUCACAUAUGCCAUAUCGAUGUUUGUCUCCGGCAUUGUUGCCGAACGUGUUUCGUUGCGUUAUUUCCUUAGUUUAGGCAUGUUAUUUUCCGGUUUAUUUACACUGCUCUUUGGUGCUGCGAAAUCAUGGAAUAUACAUACAAUGUGGUAUUUCGUAAUUGUUCAAGUACUCGGUGGUAUUGUACAAACCACCGGUUGGCCAGGUGUGGUCACAUUGAUGGCACGUUGGUUUGAUAGAUCAAAACGUGGUUUAAUAUUCGGUAUUUGGAAUAGUCACACAUCCGUUGGCAAUAUACUUGGUACACUGAUAGCUGCACACUUUGUAGAGAGUAAUUGGAUGUUGUCAUUUGCUGUGCCCGGCGCUAUUAUGGCCGCUUUGGGUUUUGUUAUGUUUUUAUUUAUUGUUGAUGAUCCAGAAAUGGUUGGCUUGCAUUCAACACACAGUCAUUUGCCUGUGCCGCAUAGCAGUCUGCAUGAAGAUGAGGAACGUGCACAGGCUGUUGAUAAUUAUGAUGCGAACAUUGGUAUUCAUGGCUAUACAGACGAUUAUACAGAAAUAAAUCAUCGUGCAUCUGAGCGUACCCCAAUAUUGGCACGUAGCAGAUCGCAAACAAACGCACAAACUGAACGUAAUGCAGUUGGCAUCUUGCAAGCUCUAUCCAUACCAGGUGUUGUAGAGUUCUCCUUGUGUUUGUUCUUUGCCAAACUUGUCAGCUAUACAUUCCUCUAUUGGCUGCCUCUAUAUAUACAGUCUUCCACUACUUUAAGUCCUAGCGUUGCUGCCGAUCUCUCAACACUUUUCGAUAUUGGCGGCAUUUUUGGUGCCAUUGCAGCCGGUACUGUAUCGGAUUAUUCGGGCAUGCCGGCUACCACUUGCCUUGUGCUAUUAGUUUGUGCAGCGCCAUUGCUUUUUAUGUAUGCCCACCUCGGCGGUAUAUCAAUCGUUGUCAAUAUUGUAUUACUUUUAUUAGCUGGCUUUAUGGUAAAUGGCCCGUAUGCGCUUAUAACGACAUUCGUUAGUGCUGAACUUGGUCAACAUCAAUCGCUGUCGCAUAAUGCCAAAGCGCUGGCCACAGUUACGGCGAUUAUUGAUGGUACAGGCUCAGUUGGUGCUGCUGUGGGUCCUUUCCUUGCCGGUUUAGUGUCGCAAAAAGGUUGGGAGAAUGUAUUUAAUAUGCUUAUUUGUGCGGAUAUAUUGGCUAUGCUUAUAGUGUCACGACAAGUUGUUAAGGAACUCCUUAGGUUACGUCGUGGCCGCCGUAUACGCAUAGAAUAGAUAGAUAUUUUAUCAAUGCUGAAGCUAAUUUCUAAUAAUGUAUUUAUACGAGAAACCUAUACCGACCACAUAUCGCUAAUAUUUUAGUUAUUUGUAUUGAAUGCUUUUACAAUAUAAACGGCCAACAAAUCUCAUAGAACAUUAAAUUUAAGAUUAAUAAUUUAAAUGAAUUUAUACAACAAAUGCAAUACUGUCAAAUGCAUUUGAAUUUUC